GAGGCUCAUCGCAGAGAACGAUGCCCUUAACCAGAUCGCACGGGAGGCAGAGGCCAGACUGGCAGCAAAGCGAGCGGCACGAGCUGAGGCCCGAGAGAUCAGGAUGAAGGAGCUGGAGAGGCACCAGAAGGAGAUCAAAAACAAAUGUUUAGGAGUUAAACCUUCUGGAUCCUGGAAACGUUUAGAAACUUUUAAGAACCAUUAGGAACCUUUAGGGACCUUCCAUCAGUUAAAGUCAAAGUUUGUUUUACUGGGGUCAAGGAUUUGUGUGUCUGGUUGAUUUGUCCUGAAUAACACUGGCUUUGACAGUAACUUAAUGCUUUAGAAGCAUCGUGACCUGGUGACCAGCUGGUACUGUAGUAGCAGAUAAUAGAUGACGAUCCUGCUAAACCAACUGUUUCCUCCAUCUUUGUUGAUCUGACUUCCUGCUCCUCUGAUUUAAUUUCCUCUAAACCUUGACCCCUUGUGUUUCUGCUAUUGUGUCUUGCCCUUCAUGUAGAUGUUUCACUGUCACAAGGUACGAAUAACUUCUCCAUCCUACAUGUCUUAUUCCUGGCUAGUUGUUUUCCUUCACCAUUUAAUCUUCCUGCUCUUGCUCCUCUUCUGCAGAAGUAUUAUGGUCUGGAUAAUAAAUGGGGUCACAUUGAACAGUGGAUGGUAGGACUCUGUUUUCUGACUAAAUGGUGGAAGACGUUAGGAUGUCUGGCCCAUGAAAACCUAGUUUCCCCUUAAAUGUAGUAACUAGAGAUCAAUUUGUAAAUAUGCAUCAUGAUUAAUUAAUUUGUGGGGGACGUUAUUUCUCCAGGUUUGCUGCUCAAUGCUUUGUGUUAAGAUGAUAGAACUGAGACUAUAAAAAGAACCUAAUACUGACUGAAGCUAACUAAAACUUAAGUCCUGCUCCACAACGCAGUUAGGUCAAAUGAUCAAAUAAAUAACUUGUGAAAAAUAGUUUAAAUAGAUAAAAUAACAUAACAGUAGGUCAUACAUCAAUAAGUACAAAAUACUGUACCACAAAUAUUGAACAGGUACAACAUAUGUGUACUAUUACUUUUAAGAUGCAGAAUAGCAAAGCUGCUACUUUAACAUUCUUGCUUGUGUGUCCACAUCCGUCCUCAUCCCAACAAUGACCCCAGCAGACAAACACUCUGGCCCAGGAACUAGCGAUGACUGCUGUGAGCGUAGGUGCAGCUGGAGGAGGAUAGUGAGCGUUAUUCUCGUCACUCGUGGAGACACACAUCGGUGUCAGACGAUGAGGAGAGGAUGUCUGUGGGGAGUCGAGGCAGCCUCAGGCCUUCAGACUAUAGUGGGUUUCUGGGCUCAAGCUCUCGAGCCUCAUCCAGGGCCAGUUCAGCCCGCGCCAGCCCAGUGGUUGAGGAUAGAACGGACAGAGAUUUCCUGGAUAAAGGCUCCAGAACGGCUUCCACUCUGUCGGCUGCCACGCUCGCCUCUCUGGGUGGAGUUUCAUCUCGCAGAGGAAGCUGUGACACGUCAUUCUCUGUGGAAACUGAGGCAUCGAUUAGAGAAAUAAAGGACUCCUUGGCCGAGGCAGAGGACAAGUACCGCAAAGCAAUGAUGUCUAACGCACAGCUUCACAACGAGAAGUCGUCCCUGAUCUACCAAGUGGAAACUCUGAAGGAGGAGCUGAGCGACAUGGAGGAGCUGCUGUGGGAGGCGCGACGUCAGUGCGACGACAGGAGCAAGGAGCUGGAGCGGGAGCGUCACACUCACAGUGUUCUUCAGUUCGAAUUCAAAGAGAUGAAAGAAGGUCUGAGACACGCUGAGGAGCUGUUGAUGGAGGCGUCUGAGCUCCAGGUGAAGAGCAGCAGUUAUUGUCAGGAGGUCUGUGACCUGCAGGAAGCUCUGCAGUGGAAGGAGAAGAAAAUUGCGGCCUUAGAAAGGCACAGAGAGGUUUCUGAUAUUGUUAGGAUCGAACGAGACCAACUUCAAGCUGAGGUCGUCCAUCUCCGAGAUUUGCUGAAGAGUCAUGGAGUGUCGCCUCAAAUCUCCACUAACGGAGACGCAGGACAAAAAGAGGGUGAGGAAGAUGCUGAUGAAGCCUUGGUCUCCAGACCUGGUCAGGAUUCUUCCCUCCGAGGCUCAGAAAGUCUACUCGAGCUGAAGAUAAAGAAAAUCUUUGAUGAAAGAGAGAGUUUACGUGAUCAGGUGAGGCUGUUGAAGUCUCAGCUGGAUCAGAACCAGAGCAGAGCAGAUGGAGAGCAGCCUGUGGAGAACGGACUGGACUCUAGUCUUCUGGAGAUGCAGAGAGACGCCAACAGACAAAUCAGUGAGCUCAAGUUUAAAUUGGUGAAGUCGGAACAGGAAGUCACAUCUCUGGAACAGAACGUGAUUCGUCUGGAGAGUCAGGUCACACGCUACAAGUCUGCGCUGGAGAACACGGAACAGACCGAAGACAAACUGAAGGUGGAAAAUAGAAAGCUGCAGAGAGAGCUCCGCUCGGCGUUGGACCGGGCCGGUGAGCUGGAGACAAGUAACAGCCACCUGUCCAAACGUCUGGACAAGAUGAAGGCCAGCAGAAGUGCCCUGCUGGCCCAGCAGUGACGGAGCCAUCAGUCGAAUCGGCCCAGAACUCGCUUCCAUUCACCCCGCAUGCAGCACAGAACAUCAAACCAAACAGGAGUCUAUCACUCUUAGACCAUUUGUGGAGCUGCUCUAGGAUCCUCAUGGACACGUGGGAGGAAUUUAAUGUACCUCCUAAACUGGAAGCAGACAGAGAGAAUCAAUCAUUGUUCUAAAGCAAACACGCACUUAUAUCCAGAUUAGAAUCCUUCUUUAGACCACUGUAACUUAAAUAUUUUUUUAUCUGUGAAUGUUCUCGACUAAAAAUGAGUUUCACUCUGUUGGUGUCAACAAACAGAAACACAAAGUAUGAACUAGAUGUUUAAGUGUUUGAGUCCUGAAUGUGAGGUGCUAAAGGUCACCUGCUCGUCACUCUGGGGCUUUAAAACACUGUGAGACAGCUAUAAAAAGUACUGUAGUAUGUGCGUGGUACUGUAGUAUCAGACUACUUCGAGUGAGGCAUAGCAGAUCCUGGAUCUGAAUCUUCAGUUUAGUCCUGAAUACGCUAAAGCUGCAGCUCAGUAGAACUUAGUCUCCACAAGUGAGUUCAAGGACAAUAGUCAGGGACUCGGUCGUGUGACCUGUCACUAUCUGGUCUCUGACACAUGGGGGCGCGCCUUCCUCUGCAGUAAUUGGAUCAUCAGUAGCUGUGUUUAGUUCAGUUUAGUUUUCUUUCCUUAGGCUUCCUGCUGGGCUGGGCUCAGACAAACUAGUUCCUUUCUAAUGGAUGCAUGUGCUUAUCUUAGAGGACUAGUCUGUGUAUUUACUCCAACGUCUGGUUGUUGUGUGUUGGCUUAUUUAACUCCAUUUGAUCUGGAUCCAAGGGUUUUUUUCAUGGUUCUUCAUGGAUGUAAACACAGAUGUCCAUACUGUAUCUGGCAGGUGAAUGUCUGACAUUUUCUACAGAUUUGAUUGUGGGUCGGCUUUAGUUAAAUUCCACUCAUCUCAGUAGCGGUUGUGGAUCUUAGUUCUAUGCUGUAGCUUGAACAAACUGUUGUAACCGACCUUAUCUGCUGCCUAUCACUGAUGUCAGUGGUUGACAGACAGUAACAGCAUAUAUUCAAACAUUAGAGUCAUUUAAAGGCUAGUGAACCUUCAAAGCUGAAGUUUAGGUUAUAUGCCGUAACUGCUGAGCUGCUGAUGGGACAGGGGGACGAGGGGGUGCCAUCAUCUGCUGUGGACAGAGAGUCUCCAGACAGAGUUGGGGGAAUCCACAUCAUCACAUAUGUUUUAGGGAAUGAUAUCAUCACCAGCCUAUGAAUGUCUUAUUUGUCUGUACUAAUGACUGAAGGGAGAGUCUGGUUCCCAGCAUUCGUCUGGUAGAGUAGCAGCAAUGGGGGACGUUUACACUGUGGACCAGGGUCGGCCUCUCCUUGUCCUGCAUGACCCCGUCCUGCUGCUUCUCCACCUGUCCCUGCUCCAGCUGCUGCUGAUAACCUCCAUCAGGUGUGUUCAGUCAAUCAGCAGCAAGUGAAGCCUGGUCACUUGAUAAUAAUAGAGUGCACAACAUUCUUAGAUCUGACUCUUCAAAUUUAAACAGUUGACUGCCCUAAUGUCCUGCAAUAAUGUUUGGAUGUAAGUGUUGCUGCAAUAAGCAGCUGAUGGUACAAAAGCUUGAAGAUGAUGUGUUUGCACUGUGCAAUACUUAAAAUGAGACCAUUCCUGAUUUAAUGUAUUGAAUUUUGUCCUAUUGAUUAGGAUGCAAAUAAUGAAUUUCAUUUGGAAGCACUAUAUUAAACUUAUGGAACAUC